AUGGGUGAGAUCGGUACGAAUCUGCUCCAGCGGAGGAUAGCUGAACAAGCCCGCGAACAGAGCAUGAUACGCGAUGCAGCACUGGAGAACAAAUUUCGAAAGCUUCCUAAUCCAACGUCGCCCAGAAACGACAAACUGGUGCACAGCCUGUCAUCAAAGGAGCUGACGAAGGAUCAGAUGCAGGUUUUACGGCACGAAGCUUCAUUUAAGACGGCUGACGCCAAAACUAUUAAUAUGAUUGCAGCAGCGGAAUCAAUCCUUUGUCAGACGGAAUCAACGGAGGAGACUAAGAGCCUCAUCCGACACCAAGUGUCGUCUAUCCUGAUGGCCCACAGGCCGCGGGAAGUGCUUUCCAAGGUCGAAUGUGAUGCGCUUAGAGAACUCAAGGCCGACAAAGACCCGGUCAUCGUGCCAGCAGACAAAGGACGCGCCACGGUUGUACUGGACAGGACAGACUACCUUCAGAAAGCCAAAGGUUUACUGGAGGACCGACAGUUCUAUGUCCCAUGUGCAACGAACCCUUUAAAGGCGCUGACACGCGAAAUUAAUGCUACGUUGUUGGCCUUGGAAAACUCAGGUGCAAUAACACCGACUGACAGACGCAUGGCGAGACCUCAAGAUACGGCUUUGGCCCGAUUCUAUGGCCUCCCUAAGGUGCACAAAGUCGGCGCGAAUCUCCGACCCAUCGUGUCGCUAAAAGGGACUCCAACGUACGGACUGGCUCAGUGGCUGUUCCGGCGUCUCAAGUUCCUGACCGCUGAGUCAGACACCACGGUCUCUUCGUCAGCACAAUUCCUGGAGAAACUCAAAGGGGUAAGCAUCCAUCCACAUGAGGUCAUGGUAUCUUUUGAUGUUACAUCCCUUUUUACUUCUAUUCCCCAGGACCUGGCGAUCGAGACAAUUGAGCUGCUACCACAAAACAAAUACGGUGAAACGGAAAAUCGUCUUGGACACGCCCAAAUUCUUCAACUCCUGAAGGUCUGUCUCAGGACAUACUUCACGUUCGACGGGACAAUAUACGAACAGGUGAAGGGCACACCAAUGGGUUCGCCGAUUUCGGGAUUCAUCGCCGAGGCGGUCCUGCAACGGUUAGAGUCGCUGGUCUUCCAACACCACAGACCGAAAUUCUGGGCUCGGUACGUGAACGAUACCUUUGUCGUCAUCGAACGGGAUCAGGUUCUAACGUUCAAAGGACGUCUCAACAGCGUCUUCCCGGACAUACUAUUUACGAUGGAGGAGGAAGAAAAUAACGAGUUGGCAUUCCUUUAG